AUGGCAACACAGUGGGUUCUGGACAAGGUCUCGGAUGCUCUAGCGCCAACAGUAUCGAACGCGGUAUCGAGUGCGGGUGGCUUCGCCGGAGGCGCUGUCAAUGCGGUUGGCAAUAGUGUGACUGGAGUGGGUGAUUCGAUCAACAGAACGAUCAGGACGUACGGGGAUGGCGUCAAGGACUAUGGUAAUUCGAUCAUGGAUUGGACGGCGGCCUCGGGAACCAGGGGUCCGACAGCUGCUAACCCUCUGGGCCUUUCAGGAACCAAAACUGCUGGGAACAGGGCGGUGACAUCCCCGUCCGUCUAUCGCCCGCCUCCCGCCUCGAAGAAGACGACGGCUCCGCCUGCGAAGAAGGCACUACCUGCUUCAGGAUCCAAGCCGGCUCCUGCAAAGAAGUCAGCGCCGCCUCCCAAGACCACCGGGGCAAAAGCUCCUGCAGCCAAAUCAGGAGCCAACCCUGGCGCUCUGAGACAGGCCGGACAGCCUCCUGUCAAGAAGCCCGUAUCGGCAGCCUCGAAGCCCGCACCCAAGACAACGGCGAAGACUACGCCUAGGGCUGCAGCGAACAAGCCGGAUGCUCAUAAAACUUCCACUUAUAUGUCGUCUAAGGCGGCCUCAAACCCGAUCGGGGUCACCUGGUAA